UUGGAAGCUGUUUUUGUGUGUUAUGUGGUGAUGCAGCCAAGUGGGCUGGAUGGGCGGCUGCCGGUGUUCGUGUUCCCUCCAUCCAUCACGGUGUACCUGGCCGACCCCAGCACGCACAAGCAGAUUGUUACCCUCUAUAACCCCUAUGAUUUCACCAUCUCCUAUCAAGUACUAUGCAACGCUCCAAACCGCUACACUGUUGACACCCCCCAUGGAGUGAUCCGAGCAAAGCGUUCUGUAGACAUUAUUGUCAGGCAUGUAGAUGUGUCACUGAGCAAUGUGCAGACUCCGGAUAAGCUUCGUAUUCAGAUCACGGAAGAAGGAAAGAGACAGGUCCUAGGCGGGAAGGAUUCCCGUAACUUUGGGUUUUGA